AUGACGAGGGUCUUAGAGCUGCAACACACCUUAGUGGAUUUGUCAAAACGCGUGGAUGCCGUAAAAGAGGAAAAUGUUAACUUACGUACUGAGAAUCAGAUAUUGGGGCAGUAUAUUGAAAAAUUGAUGGCCACAUCUUCCAUCUUCCAGUCCUCGUCGCCACCACCUCACGGCGGUCAUUCCACCAUCUCCUCAUCCGCCAUCGCACCGUACACUGUCGAAGGUGUCAACAACUCCGACGCCGUCUUUCACUACGAAGAGAGCUCCGAGUUAGCCAGUGAAGACGAUAUUGCUUAA